AUGCUGUCCAUCCCCGCCUUUCCGCCAACCCACUCCCUCUCCACUCGGGCAUCCAGCAAUAAAUGCAGGGACAUCGACGACUGCCGCCGGCUCUUCGACAUCGUCUGGGGCUGUCUCGUGACCGUCUUCCUGUGCAUCUGGGUUUCCGUCCACCCAAACGUGCCGCCUCCCCCGCCAGACAGCCCCGCUAAACGCGCCAGGCUGCAGCGCUGGGCAAAAUGGUACAUCAUCGAGGCGAAUCUGCCGCUGCUGCACCGCAUGAAGCUCCUGGCGACCGCGCUGGUGGCACCUGAGCUCAUCAUCGGCUUUGCGGGGAGGCAGCUGGCUGUUGCCCGGUUCUUCUCGCGGACGCACAAUAUUUCGUUGACACACGGAUUUUUCAUCGUCAUGGGCGGAUUCAUCGACGCGGACGGCCAUCCGAUCGUCACGCAGAAGCAGCUCUGGCAGCCAGGUGUCGCUGCGGCCAUCCGCGCCACAUCCGAGGCCACGCUCGAGGACAAGAGCAAGGGGGACCUCUUUUCCAAGGGGAUUGCGCUCUGCCAGGGCCUUUGGUUCAUCCUACAAUGCAUCGCACGCCGGGCCCAGCGUCUCCCGCUCACUGAAAUAGAAGUUGUAACGCUCGCGUUUGCGACGAUAAAUGCGCUCACGUGGCUUCUGUGGCUCAGGAAACCACUCGAUGUGCGCGAGCCGAUUAGGCUUCCCUUGAGCACCGGAGGCCCGGCUUCGCAAUCGCUCACUGGCACCCCCGGCGGUGGCAGCUUCAACGUAGACCAUCCGGUCUCGAACAUCUACAGCCAAUACGACCCCCUCGCGGCCACCGCCGUCCCGACGUUCUGGUGCACCACCGAGGACGACGAGGAAGUACUCGGGCACGUGUGGAUUCUCACCUUUGUCGCACAAAUGUUCUGCGGGGCGCUCUUCGGUGGCAUCCACUUUGCCGCGUGGUCUGCAGUCUUUCCCUCUUUGGCCGAGAUGUGGCUGUGGCGCGGUGCGUCGCUGCUCGUGACCGCGCUGCCGCUGGUCCUGUUGCUUGUGUUCUUGAGCGAUGGCGUGCUGCAGUGCCCGGCGUCGCUAUUCGGCCUGCUGACAUUGGCGGGCAGCGGGUUGUACUGCGUUGCCCGAGUCGUGUUGCUCGUGCUCCCACUGGCGACGCUGCGCUUCCAGCCUGCGGCAGCGUUUGAAGAUGUUGAUUGGAGUGUUUAUAUUCCCCAUUUGUAG